CAUUUUGCUGCAUUUUCUAUUACUUUCUUAAUCACAUCGCUGGAAGACAGUUUGGCAAAAAUGAAGAUAGUGCCUACGAGGAUAGGCGUUCCCUUUCUCAGCCGCAGGCGGGACAAUCAGCAGGAGGCAGCAGCACGAGAAGGAAUUCGCAAAACAGCGAGCAACACCAGCGACCCGACAAUAGCGACCGACUCUGACACGCCAACAGUGGCACCAAAAUCCAGCAGCCUCUUUGGUACCCUGCCCCGCGAUAUGUUCCGUAAGCCUGCAGCCAGCCAGCCCACACAGCCAACCACAGCCAGCUCCACGCAGACCGUGACGCCUGCAUUGGUGCAGGCGCGGAAGCCAUGGCGCAAGCUUCUGUACAUUAAGCAGGACUAUGCCGACGACUAUGUCGAUGACACGUUCCUAAUGGAACUGCAGAAGAACACAAACGUGCGCAUGUACGACUACUCGACGGUGGUACAGCAGACAACGGUGGUGACGCAGCACCUGUCGAGCAUCAUGGUGUUUCUGGCGGUGUUUAUUAAUCUCCGUCGCGGCAGCCUGACGGGCGAGGCGCUUGUCUGGGGCUCGACAACUUUGACGAUGGUGGGGUUUGGGUUCUGGGGCUUGCUGAACUACUCGCUGCGCACCCCUGAGCAGCGCGUGGAGCGGUGGAAUCUGAUAAAGGGCGCUGUGUUCUUCACUCUGCUUUUGUUUGGGCUCUCACCGAUCCUGCGCACGCUGACUGAAGACACUAGCAGCGACACGAUUUGGGCCAUGACGGUGAUGCUGUUUUUCGGCAACCUGGCGUUCCAUGACUACAGCACGGGGAACCUGACCAAUAUACGGUUUCCGGGUAGUGUGUCCCUGAAUGCGGCAGUUCUGGCUGGCGUAUUGCUUGCGUCGCGGCUUGAUAGCAACAUGUGUGUGUUUGCGUUCUUGUCGUUUGCUCUCGAGUGGUUUGCCCUGUUCCCAAUCAUGCGCCGGUACCUGAAGCGUAUCUCGGCGAAGGCAUCGAUGAUCAUGACGCUGGUGCUGGCGCUAUUGGCAUGGGUAUUGUUUCUGGACAUCUCGCAGGCAGUCGCAAUGAUACAUGUGCUUGGCACGCUGUUCAUUACCUUUGGGUGUCCGCUGUGGCUGAUCUGGAUCCAGCGGUACAAGAACGAGAUCCAUGGGCCUUGGGACGAGGCCCGCCCAAUCGUGCACCGUUACUUCCGCUGACUCCUCUUGCAGCAGCCAUCCGGUUAAAUCGUUCUAUCUUUAUGUAAAAUAUCAGCAUGUCUUUGCA